AUGUGUUCUUCCAAAGCGGUUAGCAUCUCGUCUCCCUUACCAAAGGACAGGGCGAUCUUUGUCAGCUCCUGCAAUGGCUCACCAGACUUUGCGAAACUCUUUUUCUGCGCGGUGUUUCCGUUGGAGUUGUACAUGCAGUUGACAGUAGCUACCAAUUCCUCAACACCAAAGGACUCCCAUUCAACAACGGUGGCACCAGCGGCCUUGAGCUUCUCGGCCGCAACUUUGAGUCCUCUGAGAAUUGGCGGAGUAGGUUUCACCACACCGUCGUCGUACAUGAUUGCAACCUUCAGAUCUUUGGUAGCAGGAGCGGCAACCGUUCUCCAAGGCAAAGGAAUGAUGGUUGGGUCGUUUUCCCAAGGCUUGGAAUCGGCUUGGACCUUCAUAAACAAGUCAAGGUCCUGUGCACACCGUGCCAAAGGUCCCAAAACUGCAACAACGGCCUCAGGAGCACCCAAAGUGUUGGUAGUGAGGUCCAGCUCGGUGACUCUCUUCUGUGUAGGUCUCAAGCCCCAACAUCCACAGAAGGCAGCAGGAGCACGAAUGGAACCACCAAUAUCCGAUCCAACACCCAUCGCAGACCCCUUCAAAGUGACAAUAGCGCCUUCACCAGAACUCGAUCCACCAGUGGUCAAGGCAGUGUUGGCUGGAUUUUUGCACAGCCCGGUGAUGUUGUUGUUGGAGCACAGAUGCAUCAAGCUCUGUGGUUCCGUGGUACGCACAUAG